AUGCAAGAACAAGCCAAAACAGAGAUGUCAUGUGGGAAGGAUGACAGAGCUGCUCCUUGGUACCCUCUGAGAAAAUGGUGGCAGUCCAGCCAGCUUUUCAAUCAGGAUAUCGGCCUUCCACCUUUCCUGGAGCCAGGGUACCCUCGUUGGACGGAUGUGGACCAGCUCCAGAGGACUUUGGCUGCCUGCUUGUGGCCGGGGUACGUACCCGCUCCGUUGUUUGUGCCCCACAUCUCUGACUCGAUGCAUCAUCCCAGCCAGAAGAUUAGUAGGUGGAGGGUCAGCUUGGAUGUGGCUCACUUCUCCCCCUCAGAGAUUCUUCUCAGCAUUAGAGAUGGAUUCCUGGAAGUGGGAGGGAAACACGAGGAGAAGCCAGAUGAGCAUGGAUUUAUUGCCAGAUGUUUUACAAGGAAAUAUAGGCUCCCAGGUGAGGUGGAUGCUACCAAAAUGGUCUCCACUCUUUCUGUGGAUGGCAUCCUGACUGUGGAAGCCCCAGUUCCUGAAACCUCUGCUCCCUCUGCCAUCCUCAUUCCAAUAAAGGUGGAGAUAGAAGAUAAUGGAGAACAGGAAGUAAAACAAGAAGAUCAAAGGGAACAAGCUCAGCCUGGCGGUGCCACAACUGAGACUGAGAUGGAAACCUUUGAAAAGCCAGCUGGAGAGUUGCAUCCUUCAGAUACUGCAGAGGAUGAAAGCACUGAAUGUCUGCAACAAUCUUCUGAGCACCAUGAAACUCUGGAAAGCAAAGAAAACUUGAGCACAUCCACCCAAGAAGCAGUUGUGCUUGUAGCUAUCCAAGCAAAGGAGGAGGGAGCAGAGGAUGUCACCCAGCCUGAGGAGCAAGAGAUGGGUAAAAGUCCUCAAAGCGAGGUCCAGAGCCAGGAGCUGGAAGCUGCUGACAUGAAGCAAGAACACACUAAGUAA